AUGUGCGUGCAUGGAGGAAAAGAUUUAGAAGAUGUGACGAUGUAUCGGCAAUUGGUAGGUAGUCUGAUUUAUUUAACUCAGACUCGACCUGAUAUUUCUUUUGCAGUUGGUGUGAUAAGUCGCUAUAUGCACAAUCCAAAGAAGCACCAUAUAGAGGCUCUUCGGCGAAUUCUAAGACAUGUAAAAAGCGCAAUGGAUUAUGGUCUUUUGUACAAGAAAGGUGAAGAAUGCAAGUUAGUCAGCUACUGUGACUCUGACUAUGCAGGAGACCAUGAUACUUGUUGUUCAACUACGGGCUUUGUCUUUAAGCAUGGAGAUGGAGCAAUUUCUUGGUGCAACAAGAGGCAGCCAACAGUGUCGUUGUCAACAACAGAAGCGGAGUAUCAGGCAGCAGCAGUUGCAGCUCAAGAAAGUACAUGGCUUAUGCAAUUGAUGAAGGAUUUACAACAACUUGUUGGCUAUGCAGUUCCCUUGUACUGUGACAAUCAGUCAGCGAUCUGUUUGGCUGAAAAUUCUGUUUUUCACGCACGGACUAAGCAUGUGGAGAUACUGUCACGACCCAACCAGUGGGCCAUGACGGGUACCCAGAGCUGACUACCGAGCACCACUCAUCAUGCUAACCAUCAUUCCCAACUUGUAGACACAUCACCUCCAAGGCAAUACACAUAUAUACAUAUAAGCCCUCACGGCUGCAAAAAUGAUAUAAAAAAUAUACACUGGUGUAUUCAUGAGACAUCUACUACCCACGCAUACAUAUCUAUGAGCCUCUACUGGAAUACUGAGACAUAAGGACGGGAUAGGAUCCGUCAUACCUAAAUAUGAACACAAAAGAAUGCAUCAAUAAGCUGCACCUCCGGAGUAGUGGGGUGCUCCUGUAUAAGCUGAUAUAGCUCCUAAGAAUCUGGCCCGCCUCCCUGUCUACCUGUGGCCAUGAACACAGCGUCCAUAAAAAGAAAAGAACGUCAGUACGAACAAUGUACUAAGUAUGUAAGGCAUACACGAUAACAUGACAAAGAGAUAACCUGUAACUGAUUGCCUCUUAAGGCGGAGUCAUGCAUGCUAACUUAUAUAAUAAACAACAUCAUAUCAUGUAUGCAUAUAUAAACUGCCCGAUCAUAUAGGUACGGCG